CUCACUCAACUUCAACGAAUGGAAUCAUGGCACCGUCUCCGUCUGAUUGCAACGAAGCCGUGAAAAAUAUCUUUGUUUACGGAAACAAUCCGUUUAAUUCAAAUAGAAAUGAAAUCCUGACUGAAAUGAAGCUGCCCAACGCAGACAGCCCAGCAUUCCAGUUGGAAAUGACUGGCACUCACGCAGUAUGGACAGACGGAGGUCAUCUUUACGCGAAAAGUUCUCGAAUAAACGAGACAUAUAAAGCUGGUUUUGAAGGGCGGAUCGCCCAAAUUUCUGCCAAUACGAAGCAUUGCUUGGUGCUGACGGAGAAUGGCGACUUGUUUAGGUAUCACUUCAACAGUAAACAGACGGAUUGUUUGGAGUUGACAGAAGAGUCUGCUGAUAGCGAAUGCGAAAAAAUUACUCAUAUUGCCUGUGGAAACGAUAUUUCGGUUGCCAUCACAAACCGAAACGCCGUGUUUAACAUACCGCAACCGCAGCCGAUUUUCUCCUUUCCUCGACACGUUCGGAUCGCUCAGGUUGUUGUGGGAUUCGCGCAUUGUCUGGUGCUGACUUCAAACGGAGAGGUUUACAGUUGGGGUUCUGGGGCACGCGGUCAGUUGGGUAAUGGUAUAAUUACUCCGCGUCAGAAGCUACCGCAGCUAGUUGAAGCACUGGCCGGUGUGAAGAUUGUACACAUCGCCGCGGGUGCCUGGCAUUCGGCGGCUGUAUCUUCGUUUGGCGAUCUGUACACUUGGGGUUGCAACGAUAGGGGUCAGCUGGGGAUAAUGGAUACGGUGAAACGGUACGGAAGCCAACAUGGCCGAAUCGAUAGCACAUUGACGCCAUAUUUUCGGCCAUGUUGGGAUUCAGUACCGUAUGACUUUAACGAAGCCGCUUUCCCGUUACCUCAGUUGAUCGAACUUAACGACGAGGUAUUUUUGCAAAAGGUUUUCUGUGGCAUUUACCAUACGCUGGCAAUUGAUCUAAAAAAUGAAAUGUAUUUCUCCGGUGUUAAUCUACUACCAAUGUAUGACUACGUUCAAGCGGCGGACAUGUAUCCAGAAGACUUGGUUGGUUUUAAAAAGUUGAAAAUCGACCCGGUGCCCGGUAGAAAACUAACAGUGAAAAGCGCGGCCUACAGUAUUAUUUUCAUGGAACCAACCGCAGAGGACGAAGCCGAACCUUCUAAAAUAGUAGUCAAGCGAAGACGGGCAAAAGUCCAAAGUCACACUUUCAGUUCAUUUCAACUCGUUGUAAUACUUCUACUUGCACUACUUACAGCUUAUGCAUUGCACAAUUCAUUUGAAUGGCCGUACCCGUGAUCACAUUUUAUGUCCAUACACAUACACUGCAAAAUUGGAAUUUGAGGAAAUAUAUUCGCGACUACGAAGUUGCUGAUGUUAAAUAAUUUGUUUGGUUUUUGUGCGAGAAAUUUUUUGUUGCUCUUGUUUUCACGCAAAUUUUGACCAAAACCAAACUUAAAACUCUUUUCUAACGUUUUAACGGUACUAUUCUACUAUGUACUAUGUACUUGUACUAUUCUUUUUGCACUGAUAUACACCCUCACACUAAGAUUACAGAGUAAUUAAACUUCAAUAAAACGCAUCUGUAAUAUAAACAGAAACAAGGUAUACAUUAAU